AUGAAAGUGAAUGUUGUGAUUCUUGAGAUUUCAGGUGUUACUGAGCAUUUUGGAGUGCCAAUCGAAGACGUUGAUAUGAUUAUGAGUUCGUUGGAGAACGCCAUCGCUUCUACUGGAGGGUUCUGCGUAGGACGAUCUUACAUUGUGGCUCAUCAACGGUUGUCAGGACAAGGUUAUUGCUUCUCUGCCUCACUACCACCUCUACUAGCCACUGCAGCUUCUGAAGCUCUUCACAUAAUCGAGGAACAGCCAGAAAGAAUAGCAAAGACACAGCAACUAUCUUGUCUCGCUCACACAUUGUUACAAAAAGUACUUGAUGGAACUGGUUUUGUUUUACGUGGUGUCGAGCAAAGUCCAAUGAAGCAUAUCGGCUACGAUGGAGACAAGCAAUUAGCAGAAACAAAAUUAGAUGCUCUAGUUGACUAUAUGUUUGAUGAUCAUUCAAUCUUACUAACACGGGCUCGUUAUCUGGAUAGUGAAGAAGCCUUCUCUGUCGCUCCCAGCAUACGUUUUAUGGUUCAGUAUGCUAUGACGGAAGAAGAGCUUCAAAAGACUACAGAAGCCAUCGGAAUUGUUGUGAAUGAAAAACUGUGA